AUGCAAAUCGGCUCCCUGCCCCCACGCCCCUCCCCCCGAGAGGCGGGCGGCGGGCGGGGAGGAGAGCGCGGGGGAGGGGACGCGGGCCGGGGAGGGGGCGGCGAGGAGCUCGGAAGAGGGGCGAGACGGGCCCCCUGCGCCGCCGGUCGGUCAGGGAGCGGCGGGGUGCGUCUGCAGCCCGCCGAGCGGCCUCCUGCGCGCCGGGGCCCCGCGCCCGCUGUCGCUACUGCCCGCCUCCUGCGUGCGCUCCAGCCACGCCGGCAUCCUCGGGGCACCGCGCCCGGCCCGCUCCCUGGGGCGCCCGCCCGCGCCGCUACCCGUCCUCGCCUCGCCUUCAGAGGCCGAGCCGGCCGGCCGCGGGGUGCCAAGCGCCGCCGAGCCGCAUUCCGACACAGAGGGCCGGCCUGGCAGCCGCUCGCCCGGCCCGGCGCGCUGCGUUCGUCGGCGGCUGCUCCGCGAGCCGGGGCGGUGAGGUGCACCUGUUCUUCAGCCGGCCCGCAGCCAACCCUCGGCCAGCACUCUCCGGGAGAGACCAAUCCGAGCGCAGCGCGGAGGGCUAGCGGCCCGGCCCGGCUCGGCUCGCCUCGCUCCCGCCGCCCGCCGCUCCGCACAGCCGCCGCCGCCGCCCGAGAGUCAAACUCCAGCGAGCGGCGCUGCCGCGAGCCGGGGGCGCACCGGGCGCCCGCGGAGGGUGUGCGCCGACCCGCCUCCGAGGGAACCCGACAACCAGGCAGAGGACUCGAAAACAGCCCCAGCGCCCUGCGGGGUCGGGCGUGGGGAGCAGAAGCAGGAGACCGCGUCGGGGAUCCCUGGCAACGCGGACCCCGGGCUGGAGGCGGCUCGGGGGGGACUCCGGCAGCCGGGCGGAUGCGAGUGUGUGCGCCCAACUGCCGCGGCGGGCUGGGAUUCGGGCAGAGUAGCGCCUCCCACCAACACCUAAUGGUGAAGAGCUCAGUGGUACAGCGAAGAGACUGCGGAUAGCAGAGGAUUCAUUGAAACAGGAAGCCCCUGGGAUUCAGUGCCUGCCAGAGUGCUUUGCACAGAGACGGUUAAUAAAUUAUUUUUGAUGGCG